GCCAUUUCGAAAUCAAUUCUAGUUUGAGAGAGAUAACACAGACGACACCAAGUUUCUUCCAUCUCGUUGCCGCAGAUCAAAAAUCUUCCUAUUCCUCGGAUAAACCUCUCCUUCUGCGGCGGCGAAACAGAGGAACAAACCUCACAAAACCAACAAAAGUUUCAACCUUUAUAUUGUCUGUUCUAUCUCUCUCUCUUCCAAAAAUGGCUCGUUCUCUCUCUAACGUUAAGUUCGUAUCUGCUUUCGUUUCUAAAGAACUCUCCAAUGCAAUCUUCCGACGUGGCUAUGCGGCGGCUACGGCGGCGCAGUCGAGCGGUGGAAAAGGUGGAGCCGUUGUUUCGGCGGUAAUGAAGAAGGGUGUGGAAGAAACGAACAAGAACAUUUCUUGGAUUCCUGAUCCCAAAACUGGUUAUUACAGACCGGAAACCGGUUCCAAAGAGAUUGACCCAGCGGCGCUACGAGCAGCUCUCUUAAACAAGAAGCAGUGA